AUGGCAGACGUGUCCAAUGGCGAGCCCUGUACCUCUCCUCUGGAGCUGUUCAACAGCAUAGCUGCUCAGGUGGAGCUUGUGAGGUCCCUCAAAGCCACAAAGGCAAAAGAGGAUGAAAUUGAUUCUGCAGUAAAGAUGUUGCUAUCAUUAAAAAUGAGCUACAAGGAGCUACAAAGCUGCCAUGGGGGGGAGGAUUACAAGGCUAACUGCCCUCCAGAGAACCCAACACCUGGGAGUCAUAAUGACCCAAACGCUAUAGAACCUGAAGUGGAUUUUGUGGACCCAUGGACAGUGCAGACUAGCAGUGCAAAAGGCAUUGACUAUGACAAGCUCAUUGUUCGGUUUGGAAGCAGUAAAAUUGACAAAGAACUAAUAAAUUGAAUAGAGAUAGCCAUCGGCCAGAGACCACACCGCUUCCUGCGCAGAGGCAUCUUCUUCUCACACAGAGAUAUGAAUCAUGUUCUCGAUGCCUAUGAAAAUAAGAAGUCAUUUUAUCUGUACAUGGGCAGGGGCCCCUCUUCUGAAGCAAUGCAUAUAGGUCACCUCAUCCCGUUUAUUUUCACAGUGGCUGUGUUUAAUGUGCCUUUGGUCAUCCAGAUGACAGAUGAUGAGAAGUACCUUUGGGAGGACCUGACCUUGGACCAGGCCUACGGCUACACUGUGGAGAAUGCAAAGGACAUCAUUGCCUGCAGCUUUGACAUCAACAAGACUUUCAUCUUCUCUGACCUCGAGUACAUGGGGAUGAGCCCAGGCUUCUACAAGAAUGUGGUAAAGAUUCAGAAGCAUGUUACCUUCAACCAAGUGAAAGGCAUUUUCAGCUUCACCGACAGUGACUGCAUUGGGAAGAUCAGUUUUCCUGCCAUCCAGGCUGCUCCCUCCUUCAGCAACUCAUUCCCGCAGAUCUUCCAGGACAGGAUGGAUAUCCAGUGCCUUAUCCCAUCUUCCAUUGAUCAGGAUCCUUACUUUAGGAUGAUGAGGGAUGUUGCCCCCAGGAUUGGCUAUCCUAAGCCCCUGCUGCAUUCGACCUUCUUUCCUUUCCUGCAGGGUGCCCAGACCAAAAUGUGUGCCAGCGACCCCAAUUCCUCCAUCUUCCUCACCAACAAACCCAAGCAGAUCAAGACCAAGGUGAACAGUGCCCCAAGCACAGGGCAGCCAAUACAAGCAGAAAUAUGCAGGGUGAAGGGAAGGAAGACGGGAUUUUUGCAAGCUCACGCACACAUGCGCAGAUAAACAGACACACACACACACACCAUCACAUCGGCCACCAUAGCCAUGCUGAAUUCCAUGAUCACCAACUGUGCUCCCUGCACAACUCCAGGCAGCCUGUCCCUGUUUCCACAUAUCAGGUGAAUUUUUUUGUGUCCUUCCAUUUGGGUAAAAUUCUGAAUUUUUCUUUUCUGCUUUUCUU